GAUCUAAUAAUAAAACAUUCUCAUAUCAAAGAGUACCACAAUUUGUUACCGAAGUUGGCUCAAAAAUAAUAACAUUUGAUCAACAUACUUCUACUGCUUUAUUUAAUAUAUCAGUGGCAUUGGAGUGUACUGGUGAAGCUCCUGAGAAUGUUACAGUUACUGUACAAUGUACUGGAGCUGGUGUUAUUUUUAACAACAUAUAUCUAGUGGAAUAUACUACACAAUCAAUGAUUAUAACAGGAUCAACAAUAGUACCACUAUAUGAACAGUGUAAUAUCAGUAUUGUAAUUAGUAAUGAGGCUGGCAGUAGUGAACCAUUUAUACAAUUAUUUAAUACUACUGCUAGCAUUUUUCCUACAACUGCCACUGAAACCCCCUCAUCAACAAGAGGGACUAUUAAUGAUACCAAUAAUUAUAUUAUACCUGUUGUGGUUAGUACAAUUAGUGUAUGUAUUGCACUAGUGCUAGUAAUCAUCUUGAUGGUAUGUGCUGUGAUCAUUGUUACUAAAAAAAAGACAGAACAAGUAAAUGGCACUUCUCUUAUUCAAACAGCCAAUAAAUAUCAAGAUUUUUUUGAAUUAGUAAAUAAAGUUCCUAUUACCACAUCACCUGUAGUGUCGACUGAUAAUAGACCAAUAGAUGAUGAGAGUCCCUAUCAUGUUGAUAUUAGUGAGUUUCUUUCUCGUGAGACCAUUCCUUCACACAUUGUUGAACAAUCGAUGCAACAACAGAGGGUAACAACUCAAGAGGACAGCGCAUCAUCAACAGCAUCAAAUAACAUUUAUGAUCCUGAUGAUCCUGCCGCUACUGUUAAUACCAAUGACAGCACUACUCAUACUGAUGUUGUUAUUGCUGAAAAGACUGACGCUCUUACUACACUUACUAAUCCACCUACUGCUGUUACACUUGAAGUUAUUGGACAUGUCAAUGCUAGAAAAGGACAUGCCAACUUUACUAGCAAAGAUGAGCAAUUGACAGUAGAAGCAUCAGAGUGUUCAGAGAAGGAGAGAGAAGAGCAAGCUUUGGUAACAAAACAAUGACAUUGGACAGUUUUAAGGAUCAACAUUAGUGAUUUUGUUUAAUCUCCCCUCAUGUUUUUAUAGUAAUCGUUUUGUAUUUCUUUAAUUACUGACCCAAUUAUUUUUUAGACAAAUCCCAAAAAAAUUAAUUUGACUGAA